AUGACUAGGAUUCUUCUCAUACUUCUCUUCGUUUCGGCAACCAUCAUGACCAGUGCAAGACAAUUCGUUGGAUAUCCGUAUAACCCAUUUGCUCUGAAGAAGGACUGUCCUUGCUAUUCAUGGCUGCCCAUGCGGAUAUCAACAUCAACUUCAUUAUUCAAGAAGGAGUUGAAGAAUUCCUUUAAACUACCACCUAAAACCGAUACCAUCAUUAGUGAAAUAUCAGUUGAUCCUAUAAUUGAUCUAAUAUGGCUCAUGAUAUCGUUGAUCUCUUAA